AUGGGUAAACAUAGAAGAAAUAAGAGAAAUCAAAAAGCUAGACAUAAUCCAGUGUCGAAUCCAGAUUUAGAAAAUGAGGUGAAAGGUUCUGGUAAAUCAAAAAUCUUACCACUUAUUUCCAAAUUAAAAUCAGCAGUACCAAAUGAUAAAUCCAUGGCAAUUGGUGUGAUUAAUGUAUUGGCAGAAGAUCAACGUAUGAGAGAAAUGUUGUUGAAAGAAGAUAUUAUUUCUGUGGUUAUGGAAACAUGCUUAAAUGAUUCAAAUGAUGAGAUUGUAGUGGAGGCGUUUGGAUUGUUAAGAAACUUGGCUAUUGAAGAAGGUUACGAUGUGAUUAGAUUCAUAUGGGAAAAUAAUAUUUGGACCACCAUUGAAAGUGCUUUGGAAAAGAUAAAUACUUCAUUCAAAUACUUGAUUGAAAAUGGAGUUGCAAAGGAAAAGGACAAAUCUAAAGUUCAAUUGUUGUUUGAUUUUUCCGAGAAUAUAUUUGCAUUAAUCAUUAUGUUGAUAACUGCGGAUGAAGAAAUAUUUGAUGCUAUUUUCAGUAGAAUUGAUCCAAUUCUUGAGUUCAUUUUAAAUGUCAUUGAUAACCAUGUAGAUGGGAAAUUGAAGAUAUCUUCUGGAUUACUUAAUACUUUGUUAGAAUUUAUUUAUCAAUUAUCAACUGAAUCCGUUGCAUUUGUGGAAAAGAUACACACCUUCAACUGGGAAAAAGUGUCGAAUUUCUUGACAGGUAAUGAAUCAGUGACACCUACAGCAAGAAUCUAUUACAAUGGGAUAUAUUUUUCACUUGUGGAAAUUGUUUUACAACCAACUGACCAAUUGAAGAAAGAGGAAUUAAUGAGAGAAGUCUUGAGUAAUGUUUUCAACAGUGUCAAAGAAGGUGGAGAAGAAAAUGUUGGAUUUGAAGUAGGAUGUGAUAUUAUUGCUACUGUUUGUGAAUAUUUGGCUACGAACGAAGCCAAUCCGGAAGAGCCUGCCAAGUUGACAAAUGAGACUUUGCAGUUGGUUGAACAAAUAGGAACUGGAUUAGCUGAAAAAAAUGAAAUACAAUCUGCAUCAGCUGCUUUGAAUAAUCUACACUUGGUACUUGAAAUUUGUAAGUAG